AUGACGGAUAAUAAAAGAAGUUUUUUAUCGCAGUUGAAUGUAUUCAACAAGGAUAAUUACCAAAUAUCUUCAAAGAAAUCUGAAGAAGGAGUAUAUAGUAAUGAGACAGAAGAAGCAUCUGAUGUUGAGACGGGACAACAGUUUACUACAGAGUUGGAUCAAGGUGAGAAAAGACUGGGUCUUUUCUCCUGUAUUGGUUUGAUCUGUAAUAGAAUGCUGGGUACCGGUGUUUUUGCGGUUUCUUCUACCAUUUAUACACUGAGUGGAUCUAUCGGUUUGGCCUUGAUUCUAUGGGCCGUCGGCGCCAUUAUCGCGAUAUCGGGUCUAUAUGUCUAUAUGGAGUUCGGUACCGCUAUACCGAAAAAUGGUGGUGAAAAGAAUUACUUGGAAGCCAUCGUUAAGAAACCAAAGUUUUUCAUUACAUGCAUGUACGCAUCAUAUGUCUUUUUCCUAGGUUGGGCCGCUGGUAACUCUGUCAACACUGCAGUUAUGUUCUUGACUGCUGCUGACGCGGAAAUCACUAAGUGGAACCAAAGAGGUAUUGGUGUAGCUGUCGUCUUCUUCUGUUUCGCUGUGAAUGCUAUUAGUGUCAAGGCUGGUCUAUAUUUGCAGAAUCUGCUAGGUAUUUUCAAAGUUGGUAUCGUUUUGUUCAUCUCUGUUACCGGCUGGGUCGCCCUGGGAGGUGGUUUGAAGCAUGGUUACCAAUCUCAUAACUUCCACAAUGCUUUUGAAGGUACCAACAAAGCUACAGCAUACGGUGUUGUCAAUGCCUUGUAUAAUGUCAUUUGGUCAUUUGUUGGUUACUCCAAUGUUAACUAUGCGCUUGGUGAAGUUAAGGACCCAGUCAGAACUCUAAAGAUUGCAGGACCAACUUCUAUGGUUUGUUUGGCCAUUAUUUAUAUAUUUGUCAACAUUGCAUAUUUUGCUGUUGUUCCAAAGGAGAAGCUGAUUUCCUCCAAAUUGAUUUUGGCAGCUGAUUUCUUCGACAUCUGUUUCGGUGGUCACUCAAAGAGAGUUGCUGCUGCUCUUGUUGGUCUUAGUGCCUUGGGUAAUGUUAUGUCUGUUAUCUUCUCCCAAGGUAGAAUUAUCCAACAACUUGGUCGUGAAGGUGUUUUGCCAUUCUCCAACUUUUUCGCAAGUUCUAAGCCAUUCAACUCCCCAAUGGUUGGUCUUUUCCAACAUUUCAUAAUCUGUAUGAUUACUAUUAUUGCACCACCUCCAGGUGACGCUUAUAACAUUAUUUUGAACUUGAUUUCCUACCCAAUGAACAUUGUUAACUUUGUGGUCUCCGCUGGUUUGUUAUGGAUAUACUGGCAGAGAAGACAAGGUAAGAUUGAGUGGAACCCACCUAUCAAGGCUGGUGUAUUUGUCACAACUUUCUUUAUGUUGUCUAAUAUUUACUUAAUUGUUGCACCAUAUGUUCCACCAACUCAUGGUGAAAGUGUCUACGAGCAUGCUCCAUACUGGAUUCACUGUGUUGUUGCUUGGGGUAUCUUUGCAUUUGGUGGUUUCUAUUGGUUUGUUUGGGUUAAAGUAUUACCUAAAUGGGGUAACUACAGAUUGGAGACUAAGGACAUCCUUGGUGAAGAUGGCUUCUGGAGAGUUCAAGUUAUUAAAGUACCGAACGAAACUGAUAAAGAUCACCAAGAACAAUCUGAUGAGUCAGGCACUGAAAGAGCUGACACGUUUGAACUGGACUAUAUUCAUUUAGAGCCAAGCAAAGAUACUGCCAAGUCUCACUUGGACUAA